GAAAAAUGUAGAGCGCCGAGGGAAAAUAUGAAAAAAGAAAAUGUAAAAUCAAUUAGAUAGAAAAAUGAGCAGAAACUAUCUAAAUAUUUCCAGUAUUGCUUUCAAAGUACAUUCAGUUUGUGAUAUCUCGAGGUCUGGGCAAAUAUGAAUAUUUUAAGAAGAAUGAAAUUAACAAAUUUUCUUUUGCUGGGAGCUGUGCUAUGUGCGGAGGGAAAUGAUGACCCACGAAUGAAGAUUCUGCCAGCUGGGGAUCAGGAGGUCCGAGUAGGGAAAAAUAUAGUGCUAACCUGCAGAGCAGUUGUUCCAAGCUUAGAACUCAUCAGAGAUCUUAGAUGGUACAGUCCACAGGGAUAUCCAGUUCAACAGGGAGACAGCCUUUCAGAUUAUAGCACCAGAAUCUACAGUGAAGAGCAGCCUGGAGAGGCAGCAACAGCUUUAUUUAUUAAACAAGUUUCUAAUGAGGACGCAGGACAGUACACUUGCAAGGCGGUUUAUGCAUCAAAUCAGCAUUUACAAGCUACCGUUCAAAUCUCAUUGUUCGUUGGUAUCACGUGGGAGGAUGCUCCUAUAGCUCAGUAUGCAAGAUUAGGACAAAAUUAUAAAAUAAUCAUUUUUAUUCAGGUACGGGCGCGACCUCCCGCAAAUAUUGAUUGGUUGAAAGAAUCCUUGAUAUUAUCAACAGGUGAUCAGUAUGUGAUUGAAAGUGAUGGAUUAGUGAUACAAAGCGUUAGCAAGGAGAACGCCGGGACGUACACCUGCAGGGCCAGGGUCCCCGAGACUGGGGAGCUCGAGGAGAGAGAUAUUCAACUAGACGUACGCAGUUGGAAGUUGGAUGAGAUUACUGGAACACUCACAGGAUACCAGUUGAGAAGGCAAGAUGAAGGAUCGUAUACCUGUAUAGCUGAAAACAAUGCAGGACGGGAACAAGCCUCUGCUUAUUUAUCAGUCAUCAUCAGGCCGAAGGUUCAGGAGCUGUACAACAAAACAUUUGAGGUUGGAAGGAUGGGAGCAGAACUGAUCUGUAAAGCCUCAGGAGAACCUUUACCACGGAUAAUCUGGAGAAAAUGGUCACUCAAUGAACCCUACCUAGCUGGAGGUCAACCUGAUGAUCCCAGGAUUAUUGUCAGAGAUCAAACUGUACUUGCUCCAGCUCGAAGUAUUCCCAACGCCACGAUCUCCUGGUGGUAUAAUGAUGUGGAGAUAGGAAGAGAUGAUUUGGAUAGGAACUUUCAAAUAAUAGGUCACGGCCCUAGAUCAGACCUAAUUAUUACUCCUUUAGUGUCAAGCUACUAUCGGGUGUAUAAGUGUAAGGCCGAGAACCCGUAUGGUCUAGCUUUCCAUGAUAUAGAACUAGAAGAGGCUCAUGAACCUACAGAACUACAACAAGCUAUGCUAGAUAAAAACACGGCAACUUCACUUCAGUUCAGAUUUGUUCCACCCUCUGAUAUGGGCGGACUACCAAUUGAUUCCUACGCCGUGGAAUACAAGAGAGCUCGACAGGACUGGGGGUCAGCGAGACGCAGGGUCUGGCCUGUAGAUACGGAGGGUAACGGGUAUAUAUUAGAAAACCUCAGUCCACAAACCGUAUACGAUCUCAGGUUUGGAAGUAAGAACAGAGUAGGAUUUUCCCCCUGGGGCGCCGGCAUUCAAAUCACCACAAACCAACAAGGGCAUCCUGAACCUCCCCUUCUCAGUAUACAAACAGGACCUGGAGAGGUUCUAAAAGGAGAUGUUAUAUUCCUCCCCCAAUCUAAGGUUUGAUAAAGUAAUGACCAGA